AUGCCUGUACUUGGGGUUGCCUCAAAACUGAGGCAGCCAGCUGUUGGGUCAAAGCCUAUUCAUACUGCUCUUCCGAUACCAAAUUUUGGCACUACUGGGUCACAGCACUAUUCUUCGAGACCUUUGGAACUUACUGAAUCAGAGAGCUCAAUGCUUUCUUGUCAGGUCACAUUACAAUCAGCCUGUGAAUUUGAAGAGAAGAAACCCCUCCAAGGAAAAGCUAAGGAGACAGAAGACAGCAAGAUUUACACGGACUGGGCCAACCACUACCUGGCAAAAUCGGGCCACAAGCGGCUGAUCAAGGAUUUGCAGCAAGACAUUGCAGAUGGAGUACUGCUAGCAGAAAUCAUCCAGAUCAUUGCAAAUGAAAAAGUUGAAGAUAUCAAUGGAUGUCCUAGGAGUCAAUCUCAGAUGAUUGAAAAUGUUGAUGUCUGCCUUAGUUUUCUAGCAGCCAGAGGAGUAAAUGUUCAAGGUCUAUCUGCUGAAGAAAUAAGAAAUGGAAACUUAAAAGCCAUUCUAGGGCUGUUUUUCAGUUUGUCUCGCUACAAGCAGCAGCAACACCAGCAGCAGCAGUAUUACCAGUCGUUGGUGGAGCUUCAGCAGCGGGUCACUCACGCCUGCCCUCAGGCAGAAGCCAGUCAGGCCAAAACCCAGCAAGAUAUGCAGUCCAGUCUGGCAGCCAGAUAUGCAACUCAGUCUAAUCACAGUGGAAUUGCAACCAGUCAAAAAAAGCCUACUAGGCUUCCAGGUCCCUCUAGGGUGCCAGCUGCAGGCAGCAGCAGCAAGGUCCAGGGAGCCUCCAAUUUAAAUAGGAGAAGUCAGAGCUUUAACAGCAUUGAUAAAAACAAGCCUCCAAAUUAUGCAAAUGGCAGUGAAAAAGAUUCCUCCAAAGGACCUCAACCAUCUUCAGGUGUGAGUGGUAGCACGCAGCCCCCCGGCACCGCUGGGCAGCCCCCGGCCUCUGCCAUCCCUUCUCCGAGCACCAGCAAGCCGUGGCGCAGCAAGUCCAUGAACGCCAAGCACAGCGCCACCUCCACCAUGCUGACCGUGAAGCAGUCGAGCCCAGCCACCUCUCCCACACCAUCUGCAGACAGACUGAAGCCCCCUGCCUCAGACGGGGGCAAAGCAGCUCCCUCGGGACAGAAAUCCAUGCUUGAGAAAUUCAAGCUGGUCAAUACACGGACUGCUUUACGCCCCCUGCAACCUCCCAGUUCAGGACCCAGUGAGGGUGGGAAAGAGGACGAUGCCUUAUCUGAAUCUGGUGAAAUGGAAGGCUUUAACAGUGGUCUGAAUAGUGGCGGCUCAACCAAUAGCAGCCCCAAAGUGUCACCGAAAUUAGCCCCUCCAAAAGCUGGAAGCAAAAAUCUCAGCAAUAAAAAGUCUUUGCUACAGCCAAAGGAAAAAGAGGAAAAGAACAGGGACAAAAAUAAAGUUUGCACUGAAAAACCAGUCAAGGACGAGAAAGAUCAGGUGGCGGAGACGACUCCAAAAAAGACCUCUAAAAUUGCAAGCUUAAUCCCAAAGGGCAGCAAGACGACAGCAGCCAAGAAGGAAAGCUUAAUCCCCUCUUCCAGUGGGAUUCCAAAACCGGGCUCAAAGGUGCCAACAGCAAAGCAAACUGUUUCACCGGGAGGCUCAGCAAACAAAGAGUCUGAAAAAUUCAGGACUACCAAGGGAAGCCCUUCCCAGUCCUUCCCUAAGCCCGUAACGACUGAGAAAGCAAGCACAUCCAACUGCCCUGCUCCUUUGGAAGGAAGGGAAGCUAGCCACGCUUCUCCGGCGGGUUCCUGUGCUGGGUCAGCGGCGCAAGGCAGUGCGCAGAGCGUGGGAAAUGGAGCCGUCCAGCUCCCUCAGCAGCAGCAACACAACCACCCAAAUACUGCCACCGUGGCUCCGUUCAUUUAUAGAGCACAUUCAGAAAAUGAAGGUACCUCUUUACCAUCUGCCGAUUCCUGUACCAGUCCUACUAAGAUGGAUUUAUCAUACAGUAAGACAGCUAAGCAGUGCCUAGAGGAGAUAUCCGGUGAAGACCCUGAAACAAGAAGAAUGAGAACAGUUAAAAACAUAGCAGAUUUGAGGCAGAAUUUAGAAGAGACUAUGUCCAGUCUUCGUGGGACCCAGAUAAGUCACAGCACCCUGGAGACAACAUUUGACAGCACUGUGACGACGGAAGUGAACGGCAGGACCAUACCCAACUUGACAGGUCGACCCACUCCCAUGACCUGGAGGUUGGGCCAGGCAUGUCCUAGACUUCAGGCUGGAGAUGCUCCCUCCCUGGGUGCUGGCUACCCUCGCAGCAGUACCAGUCGUUUCAUCCACACAGACCCCUCAAGGUUCAUGUACACUACGCCUCUCCGUCGAGCUGCUGUCUCUCGGCUGGGAAACAUGUCACAGAUUGACAUGAGUGAGAAAGCAAGCAGUGACCUGGACAUGUCUUCUGAAGUCGAUGUUGGUGGAUAUAUGAGUGAUGGUGAUAUCCUUGGGAAAAGUCUCAGGGCCGAUGACAUCAACAGUGGGUACAUGACAGAUGGAGGGCUCAACCUGUAUACUAGGAGUCUGAACCGAAUACCAGACACAGCGACUUCCAGGGAUGUCAUCCAGAGAGGGGUUCAUGAUGUGACAGUGGAUGCAGACAGCUGGGAUGACAGCAGCUCGGUGAGCAGCGGCCUCAGUGACACCCUGGAUAACAUCAGCACUGAUGACCUGAACACCACGUCCUCCGUCAGCUCUUACUCCAACGCCACUGCCCCGUCCCGAAAGAACAUGCAGCUGAAGACAGAUUCAGAGAAACGAUCUGCAACAGAUGAGCCCUGGGAUAGUACCGAGGAGGUGAAAAAAACAGAGGAGGACUUUGAUAGCCAUGGGGAUGGAGGUGGCAAGUGGAAGGGCGUUUCCUCUGGACUUCCUGAAGACCCUGAGAAGGCAGGGCAGAAAGCCUCCCUGUCUGUUUCACAGACAGGCUCCUGGAGGAGAGGCAUGUCAGCCCAAGGAGGAGCGCCAUCUAGGCAAAAAGCUGGAACCAGUGCGCUCAAGACCCCUGGGAAAACUGAUGAUGCCAAAGCUUCUGAGAAAGGGAAAACUCCCCUGAAAGGAUCGACUCUACAGAGGUCUCCUUCAGAUGCAGGAAAAAGCAGUGGAGAUGAGGGGAAAAAGCCCCCCUCAGGCAUUGGGAGAUCAACGGCCACUGGCUCUUUUGGAUUUAAGAAACCAAGUGGAGUAGGGUCAUCUGCCAUGAUCACAAGCAGUGGAGCCACCAUAACAAGUGGCUCAGCAACACUGGGUAAGAUCCCCAAAUCUGCUGCCAUUGGUGGGAAGUCAAAUGCCGGGAGAAAAACCAGUUUGGACGGUUCACAGAAUCAGGACGAUGUUGUGCUGCACGUCAGCUCGAAGACCUCCCUGCAAUACCGCAGUUUGCCCCGCCCGUCCAAAUCCAGCACCAGUGGCAUUCCCGGCCGAGGUGGCCACAGAUCCAGCACCAGCAGUAUAGAUUCCAAUGUCAGCAGUAAGUCAGCUGGUGCCACUACCUCGAAACUGAGAGAACCCACGAAGAUCGCCUCAGGGCGCUCGAGUCCCGUCACUGUCAACCAGACAGACAAGGAGAAGGAAAAAGUAGCAGUCUCAGAUUCAGAGAGUGUUUCUUUGUCUGGUUCCCCCAAAUCCAGCCCCACGUCUGCUAGUGCCUGUGGGACACAAGGGCUCAGGCAGCCAGGGUCCAAGUAUCCUGACAUUGCCUCACCUACAUUUCGAAGGUUGUUUGGUGCCAAGGCAGGUGGCAAAUCUGCCUCUGCACCUAAUACUGAGGGUGUGAAAUCCUCCUCUGUAAUGCCCAGUCCUAGUACCACAUUAGCGCGGCAAGGCAGUCUGGAAUCACCGUCGUCUGGUACGGGCAGCAUGGGCAGUGCUGGUGGGCUAAGUGGCAGCAGCAGCCCUCUCUUCAAUAAACCCUCAGACUUAACUACAGAUGUUAUAAGCUUAAGUCACUCGUUGGCUUCCAGCCCAGCAUCGGUUCACUCUUUCACAUCAGGUGGUCUCGUGUGGGCUGCCAAUCUCAGCAGUUCCUCUGCUGGCAGCAAGGACACUCCAAGUUACCAAUCCAUGACUAGCCUCCAUACGAGCUCUGAGUCCAUUGACCUCCCCCUCAGCCACCACGGCUCCCUGUCUGGACUGACCACAGGCACUCACGAGGUGCAGAGCCUGCUCAUGAGAACGGGUAGUGUGAGAUCUACUCUCUCAGAAAGCAUGCAGCUUGACAGAAAUACACUACCCAAAAAGGGACUAAGAUAUACCCCGUCAUCUCGGCAGGCCAACCAAGAAGAGGGCAAAGAGUGGUUGCGCUCGCAUUCUACCGGAGGGCUGCAGGACACCGGCAAUCAGUCGCCCCUGGUCUCCCCUUCUGCCAUGUCAUCUUCUGCAACGGGAAAAUACCACUUUUCCAACUUGGUGAGCCCGACAAAUCUGUCUCAAUUUAACCUUCCUGGGCCCAGCAUGAUGCGUUCAAACAGCAUCCCAGCCCAAGACUCAUCCUUCGAUCUCUACGACGACUCCCAGCUUUGUGGGAGUGCCACGUCUCUGGAGGAGAGGCCACGGGCCAUCAGCCAUUCAGGCUCAUUCAGGGACAGCAUGGAAGAAGUUCAUGGCUCUUCAUUAUCACUGGUCUCCAGCACUUCUUCUCUUUACUCUACGGCUGAAGAAAAGGCUCAUUCAGAGCAAAUCCAUAAACUACGGAGAGAGCUUGUUGCAUCACAGGAAAAAGUUGCCACUCUCACAUCUCAACUUUCAGCAAAUGCUCACCUCGUAGCAGCUUUUGAAAAGAGUUUAGGGAAUAUGACUGGCCGACUGCAAAGUCUAACCAUGACAGCGGAACAGAAGGAGUCUGAACUGAUCGAACUAAGAGAAACCAUUGAAAUGCUGAAGGCCCAGAACUCUGCUGCCCAGGCAGCCAUUCAGGGAGCACUCAAUGGUCCAGACCACCCUCCCAAAGAUCUCCGCAUCAGAAGACAGCAUUCCUCCGAAAGCGUUUCUAGUAUCAACAGUGCCACGAGCCAUUCCAGCAUUGGCAGUGGUAACGAUGCUGACUCCAAGAAGAAGAAAAAGAAAAACUGGGUGAACUCUAGAGGAAGUGAGCUGAGAAGCUCAUUCAAACAAGCCUUUGGGAAGAAAAAAUCCACCAAGCCUCCAUCCUCACAUUCGGACAUUGAAGAGCUUACUGAUUCGUCCCUUCCAGCGUCCCCCAAGUUGCCCCACAAUGCGGGUGACUGUGGGCCAGCCUCCAUGAAGCCCUCGCAAUCCGCCUCAGCGAUCUGUGAAUGCACAGAGGCUGAGGCAGAGAUAAUUCUGCAGCUGAAGAGUGAGCUCAGAGAAAAGGAAUUAAAAUUAACGGAUAUUCGGCUGGAGGCCCUCAGCUCUGCUCAUCAUCUCGAUCAGAUCCGGGAAGCCAUGAAUCGGAUGCAGAAUGAGAUUGAAAUACUGAAGGCGGAAAACGACCGGUUGAAGGCAGAAACGGGGAAUGCUGCGAAGCCAGCUCGGCCCCCGUCUGAGUCCGCAAGUAGCACUUCCUCCUCAUCCUCACGCCAGUCCUUAGGACUCUCUCUGAACAAUUUGAACAUCACGGAGUCUGUUACCUCAGAUAUUUUGCUCGAUGAUGCUGGUGAUGCAACCGGACAUAAAGAUGGCCGCAAUGUGAAAAUUAUAGUCUCCAUAAGCAAGGGCUACGGUCGAGCAAAGGAUCAGAAGUCUCAGGCAUAUUUGAUAGGAUCCAUUGGUGUCAGUGGAAAAACCAAGUGGGAUGUCUUAGAUGGUGUAAUUAGACGUCUCUUUAAGGAAUAUGUGUUCCGAAUUGAUACAUCCACUAGCCUUGGUCUGAGCUCUGACUGCAUUGCCAGCUACUGUAUAGGAGAUUUAAUUAGAUCCCAUAACCUAGAAGUGCCUGAACUGCUGCCUUGUGGAUACCUUGUCGGCGAUAAUAACAUCAUCACUGUGAACCUGAAAGGGGUAGAAGAAAACAGUUUGGACAGUUUUGUUUUUGAUACGCUGAUUCCUAAGCCAAUUACCCAAAGGUACUUUAACUUGUUGAUGGAGCAUCACAGAAUUAUACUCUCAGGACCUAGUGGUACUGGAAAGACCUAUUUAGCAAACAAACUUGCUGAAUAUGUAAUAACCAAAUCUGGGAGGAAAAAAACAGAGGAUGCAAUUGCCACUUUUAAUGUGGACCACAAGUCUAGUAAGGAAUUGCAACAAUAUCUAGCUAACCUGGCUGAACAAUGCAGUGCUGAUAAUAACGGUGUAGAGCUUCCAGUUGUAAUAAUUCUUGAUAAUCUUCAUCAUGUGGGCUCUUUGAGUGAUGUCUUCAAUGGUUUUCUCAACUGUAAAUACAACAAAUGUCCAUAUAUUAUUGGAACAAUGAAUCAGGGAGUUUCUUCAUCACCAAAUCUAGAGCUGCAUCACAAUUUCAGGUGGGUGCUGUGUGCAAACCACACAGAACCAGUGAAAGGCUUUUUAGGCAGAUAUCUUCGAAGGAAACUGAUAGAGAUGGAAAUUGAAAGGAACAUACGCAAUAAUGACCUAGUCAAAAUUAUAGAUUGGAUUCCUAAGACAUGGCAUCAUCUCAACAGUUUUUUGGAAACACACAGUUCUUCUGAUGUUACCAUUGGUCCUCGACUUUUCCUUCCUUGCCCCAUGGAUGUAGAAGGUUCUAGAGUAUGGUUCAUGGAUCUCUGGAACUAUUCUUUGGUACCUUAUAUUCUGGAGGCAGUGAGAGAAGGUCUGCAGAUGUAUGGGAAACGAGCACCUUGGGAAGAUCCCUCAAAGUGGGUGCUUGAUACAUACCCAUGGAGCUCAGCAUCUUUGCCUCAGGAGGGCCCAGCAUUACUUCAGUUGCGACCAGAAGAUGUUGGGUAUGAGGGCUGCAUAUCCACAAAGGAAGCUACAACCUCAAAGCACAUUCCACAAACUGACACAGAGGGGGAUCCCCUGAUGAAUAUGCUAAUGAAACUCCAAGAAGCAGCCAAUUACUCGGGCACACAAAGCUGCGACAGUGAUAGCACCAGCCACCGUGAAGACGUUUUGGAUUCGUCUCUUGAAUCUACCCUCUAGAGGGUGAACAAAGUUAGGGGAAAAGACUAUGCUUUAAAAAAAAAAAAAAAAAAAAAAAAAGGUUAAAAAGUAAGGUAUUUUCACUAAACCACUGCCAAUAUGAAAGCGCCCUGACCCAGGGCCGUGGUCUCCAAGGAGGCAGUAGAACUAAGUUUGAACUGCCAAGAUGCUAAAUUGACACGGAAGCGUAACUUGCUUUCCUUUCUAGGCAUUUUUAUAUCCGUGGAGUGAUGUAAGGCUCCAUUACUCAACUGGAAAGGACCCUAAUGACAGGGCAACUGAAUAGAUUGCACAUGGGAUUAGCCAAACUGGACUUUCUGUUUUUCCUCUUUAAAAGUUUACAAUGCAGACCUUUUUUUUUGUUGUUGUUCCUUCCUUUGGUUUCCUCUGAGGGGCUGUUCUCCCCAAGCAGGGUCCAUUCUUCUGAUCCUUCCAAGCUCCUUUGUGCCACAUGGUGCUGGUCACGGAGCCCCAGUAGUGUUUGUGUUGUGCGCUCACCCCAUUUCCUAAAUGAAGAGGCCAGGCCUCCGCAAGCACAAAUGGAAUUGUGCAACCCCCAGGGAAACACUGCUGUGACAAGCUGGAGAAGUGCCAGUGUCAUUCAACUGCCAUGAUCACAGGAUGUGCUCCACCCUCUUUUUAGUGUCUGAGUCACGGGUUUGAAAAGGUGGUUUUUACCACCGUGGUCUUUUUAAACCACCUGCCCACUCCCUUAAAAAGAGUUUUAUACCAAUUAUUAGUCAACACUGAUAAAAGGCUUUUUUAGGGCUUUAUUUGUUUGAGCCUUGUCAGUGAAAAGAAGCAACAUUUCCUAUGGUGCUGUCUCACUGCCUUAAAACCAAUUUCUACAACAGUUUAACAGUUGGUUUAAAUCCUGAACCAUUGGUAAUUGCCACUGUCUUUUCAUUUACAACACCGGUUAACGCAGUAGCCAUCUCUCUCUAGUUUUGUGUUUGUUUUUUGAAGAAAUGGAUAGGAGAAAGAUCAGUAUUUUUACCUUGUGAAUAGAUUGCUUUGCCUCUCCUCCAAAAUACUCAAGUCAACCCAGAAACCCUCUUUGACUGUCACUUCAAAGCGAAGCCAUGUGGCUAAAUUUCAUCCAGCUCUAGGGGAAAGAGUUUCAGAAGGCGGGAGAUUGUGAUUUCUUAUCCAGCAGAGCUGGAAGCAGUAGAUGCAGCAUGAGCACAACGAUUCCGCUUUUCUCCCCUAUUCUUUUUUUUUUUUUUUUUUUAAUUAUUAUGAGUUUUGAGCAUGUUGUUUUGAUGGAUAUUGUUGUACAUGAGAAAUUCAGCAUUCGAGAACACUGAUGCAGUGAAGUCACUGUGGAUGAGGAAGCGUUUAUACUGUAAAAGGACGUUAGAUUUGCACAGUCUACUGGGUAGGUAUUGUAAAUAAUCAUUUUAAAAACUUGCACAAAUCGAAACAAACACACACACAAAAAUUGUAUUUUAUCCUGUGGAUGUUAAGAGAUGUUUCACUUGCUGAGAUUUCCUGUACAUUGCAAAUACAGAAUGCAAACCCUCAACACUGUUAUGAUCUGGUGUGUUUGUCCUGUAUUUACAGUUGUGAUGACCAUGCAGGAGCUAUCAGUGCUAGAGUGAGCAUGCUUCAAAACUGUCCAUGAAGCCAAUCCAUUUUCGGAAAAGUAAAAAUGUCUGAAAAUGCAUCUGUCGUGGCAGGCUUUCAAGAGAGUGCAUGAAAACUGAUGGGAGUGAUUGGAGGAGUUCCCACCACACACAGGGGACAGGUUUGAAAUUUAUCAACCCAAGGGCUAGGCCAUGGUGUAGGCUUGUCCCAUGCACGUGAAAAUGUGCUACUUUCAGGACGUGCAAUUGGUGCUACUCUCUGUGACCACCCACGGGUCAGUUGCUGUAGAACAAUAACAACACGAGACAUCUGUGCAGUUGUCAGAAUGUCACUCAGUCUAUAGGUCCUCCACGGUGCUAUUGCCCUAAGGGAAAUCGGAACUGAAUUUAUGCACAUAGAAUGGUCACCCUGACUACGAAGCCUCAAACGUGGAUCACAUCUGUGGUGAAGCAUCAAUAUAUGUAGCUGGAUGAGUGACUAGUGGCCCUUGUAUAAUAUGUGAUCUAAGAAAAUUGCUAAUCUUUCCCUGCCGUUUUGAGAAACACAGUCCAAACACGAUCAUAAACAAAUUCCUGCAAUACAUCCCAGUAGGUCCGCCUAGUUUACAACUUAAACUAGUUUGUGAAACAUUUGUCUGUAUACAUUUUAUAUUUUGUACAUUUUUGAUGUAACAUAUCAUGUAAAUAGAAACAGUGAAAUAAAUCAUCUGAAAAGUUUUGUAGUCUUUGUAAAGCCCCGACAACAAGUACUUGGUGUCAGUGGACAUAACUGGGUGAUGUAUUUUCUAUUGGUUGAUUGUUCCUCUAGCUUGUAAACCAGCUUGCAUAUAUUUUUUUGCAAAUGUGCACCCUGUAUCUGUCUAAAUUAUUAC